UCCUGGCACAGCGGAGUCCAAAUAGCAAACGCGGGAGAUUAAUUUAGUCUUAUUGUUUUAUAAGUGAUGACAUGUGUUAUCUGCAAUUAAAAUAAGAUGUUAAAAGUAAAGCGGUAGAAGUAAAGCUAUGUAUCGCCUUUAACCUCGCUGUGGAACUGAGGACUGGCUGAUGGAAGGGAGUGAAAGAAACUCCAGCGUGGAACCAAAGGUCCCUGCAAAGCCGACUUUCGACCCCAGUGAACACCAGCAUAUCCGCUACAACCCUCUCCGUGAUGAGUGGGUCCUGGUCUCCGCUCACCGGAUGAAGCGGCCAUGGAAAGGGCAGGUUGAGAAACCAGCAGAGGUGAACAUUCCACGUCAUGAUCCAACUAAUCCUCUGUGUCCUGGAGCAACGAGGGCAAAUGGAGAGGUGAACCCAAUAUAUGAAAGUACUUUCGUUUUUGACAAUGACUUCCCAAGUCUUCAACCAGAUGCUCCAGACCCAGGUGUCAGUGAACAUCAACUGUUUCAAACGAAAGCUGCUCAGGGAAUUUGCAAGGUCAUGUGCUUCCAUCCUUAUUCUGACGUCACCUUGCCACUAAUGUCCAUCUCAGAAAUUAGAACUGUGAUUGACAAAUGGGCGGAGCUUAUGGAGGAACUGGGGCCAGUGUAUCAGUGGGUACAGAUCUUUGAAAAUAAAGGUGCUAUGAUGGGAUGUUCGAACCCACAUCCACACUGUCAGGUGUGGGCUAGUAGCUUUCUUCCUAAUGAACCAAGAUUAGCUGAUCGGACACAACGAGACUAUUUCAACAGCCAUGGAGUGCCAAUGCUAGUGGAGUAUGCAAAAUUAGAGUCUCAAAAGAAGGAACGAAUUGUGGUUGAAAAUGAAGAGUGGUUGGCCAUCGUGCCAUAUUGGGCAACAUGGCCUUUUCAGACAUUACUUCUUCCAAAAAGACAUAUACUUCGUUUACAGGACUUGUCUGGUAAAGAAAGGGAAAGUCUUGCUUCUAUUAUGAAAAGACUCCUGACUAAGUAUGACAAUCUCUUUGAGGUCUCUUUUCCUUACUCUAUGGGAUGGCAUGGAGCCCCCACAGGACAGCUGUGUUUUGAUGACAACCGUCACUGGCAGCUUCACGCACACUACUACCCGCCACUGUUACGUUCUGCAACAAUUAAGAAAUUCAUGGUUGGGUACGAGAUGCUUGCCCAGGCCCAAAGAGAUCUCACGCCCGAACAGGCUGCUGAACGACUGCGGAACCUACCGGAAGCUCAUUACAAGCUGAUGCGGAGAGAAUAAAGAAAGAACCUCACGAAUGAACAAAAUAAACUUCAAAAGACACACCGCCUCAUGAUUAUGGCAUUAAAAUUUUUGGAAAUGUUUAUCAUUAAUCUUUAAAAUAAAGCACAAUUUUC